ACAUACUGUGUAGUUUUGCGCCGCGGUCGUUUUUCACGAUCCGAAUAUCAGCAAUGUGAAGUUUAUUUUGUCUGCGCAAACACCAUGUCGCCGUAUCAACAUAUUUUCUCCACUAAUGCCGUCUUGGGUGUUUGGCGCAACCUCCGUAACACCAAAGACAACAACGAUCUCUUGCUCACCUUGCAGUACCACCAAGAAGAUUUCCAGAGACAAAAGGGCAAGAAAUAUACCAAGGGGGGUAUUUCAGAAAGCACACAAGAGGUUACAGAUGGAAAGACAGUGGAUGUGAGUGGAAAGAGCAUAGGCUUCGUGGUACCAUGGCGGGCAAUGCAGAACCAAAGACGGGAGCUGAAGGAGAAGGAGAAGGAACUUGCUGAAGCGCUCGUGGCACUUGCCGGAGAAGUCGCCUUUACUGAUCUUGCGCCAACCCUUCAGUCUUCUCUUACUCAGAAUCCGCUGGUCCAGAUUCGUCACCUCGCAGCUGGUCUCUCACGUCAAAUGUCCAAAAUCGAAUUUCAGAUGAUUGACAAUGCUGCUUUCGCCAAUGGCAAGAACCUAUACACAGGUGGAGAGGUGGCCCAAAAGUUUCUUCCCUCAAUCCAGGCUCUCUUCGAACAAAAGCCAGUUCCACAACGCAUCACCUUCGAACUAUUGAUGGAACUGAAAGACCUAGUAUAUAUGGCUAUGGCAGGCUGCUCAAAAGAAGUACUAGAACAUGAACUAGACAGCACAAGAACCAGCUCCCUAGAAGAACUCGACGACGCAAUCGUACGAGCCAUCACACCUCCUCCACCCCUCCCCGAAUCCAACCAGCCAACAGAGCUAGAACAAGGCCACAAACGCUCACUUCGCCGCAAAGCCUCAAGCCUCCUCUCCAAACUCCCCAAACAAGACCAACCAGCACCGUCUUUUCUCCUUUCCGCCCCCGAAGAACUACUGUACAAUCUCGAAUCCCUCGAGACCACCGCCCUCGCAUUCACUCAGCUACUUCUGCCCAUCCCCGACUUCUGUGCCCACGCGAUUAUAACCAUGCGACGUCUGACGCCACGCCCGCUUCUAUUAGAGUUCUCACAGCAAAAGAGUAAAAGAGUGCAAAAAUGUGCAGAGUAUGCGCGGUGCAUCAAGUGGGCUGGAGCACAGUGGCGGCAGAACGGCGAGUGUGGGCGGGGAUGCAAGAACGAAGAUGAGGAUCCAGAGAGUUUGCCUAGUUGGCAUAGGUGUAGUCGGUGGUUUGAUGAGAGGGGGGGUGGGACAUGUAUGGUUGGUGGGGGGAGGGCGGUGUUGAGGGAAGAUGGGUUUGGGGUCCUUAGGAUGACGGCGGUGUGAUGGGUGGUGUUGAUGGGGUGCUUUGAGGGGUGUUUGUAUAAUGAGGCUUGGGCGCGAUGAUAUACCCUUUUUCUGACUGGAUAGUUAGUGCUUGGUGGAUGGGAUCAUGUAUGUAUGUUAUUGUACGAAAUAGUCUUAUAUGCGAGUUAUAUGGAUACUUUUAGUGAAUCCGAG